GUCUGAGUCGGUCUCAGUGAAGAUCUGGCGUCGAGGAUUUUUCAACUGUGUGCGAAGACCAAAGCCCCAAAAACUCAUUUUUUUCUGCUCGAGUAACGGACAUUCGCUUACUACUUUUUUGCUCCAGAUUGUUCAAGAAGGAAAAGCUCAAUUUCAGCCACCACAAUCCCGCCCAUUAUGCCAUUUUUCAGCCAAUAAUGCUAAAGUCAUGACAGUUUACGUUCUCUUAAACUGUUAAAAAGCUGAAAAUUGUUGCUGUUAAGCACAAUAUAUUAAUAGCAACCCGAGACGCAGAGGAGAGGUAUUAAUAGUAAGUGUUCUUUCAAACCAAUUUGAAUCGAAACUCCGUAACAGUUAACCAGUUGUCUUUGUUGAAAAUGAUUCCAGAUAUAAAUAGAGAUUAAAAUUCAUAGCUGUAUCGAGCGUGGCGACCUAAAUGCGCCACAGUUUCUAGAAGCAGGCAGCAUGCUGAGAUAAAGCGAGGCAGAGCUAGCUAGUGUAUGAGCUCACACCGCAAAGCCAGAGCAGCGGCUUCAACGCCCUGCUUCUCUUUGUGUGUGAGACGGAGUAAUCCUAAUGAUUAUUAAAGUAACGAUAAACCAUCGAAUAAUAAGCUAGCCAUCGCUGAUCAUAAGCAAUCUGUACAUAAAGAUUGCCAUAGGCAGAGCCAGGAAGUGACUGCAUUCAAUUGGGGCUUUUUAUAAACUGCAUUCUUUUCAGAGGAGAGCUCACUGGAACAACCAACGCAAUCUGCACAUAAAGAUUGCCGAGUGGCGCCUGUGGAUUUAGCCGAACGGAGAGAGACAAAGCAGACUGAAAUGCAACAUUUUGCUCAAUAAUGUCGUUAGCCGUUAUUAGUCGGCGGAACCGGAUACCCGUUGAGCUAGUUUUGGUGAAAUAAACCUCCCUAGGCAAUGAUAACUUAUAAAAAUGCAUAGCAGUCUGACUAUAAAGAUUGCAUUUUUGUGUCGUGUGCUUAACGAGUGCGUACGUUAGACAGGGUAUUAUUUGUCUUGUCGAUUUUGCUUUAAAAUGGCGGACGGGUUGUCCUUUUGCUCGGAUCACUCGAGGCAAUGGUGGCUUUGUUUUUCUGGCUGGAUCUACGGGAAACGCUGUAGUUCGGAAUGGCUGUCUCGCGUCGCCACCAUCCCCAAAUACAGCUCGAGGUGUCGUCUUAAUAUCCGUGAGUCGCCAGCGGGGUAAAUAUAGUAGGACUUUGCAAGCGGGCGAGACGAAUAGCAGGCGGGGGGACGCAGCCGUUGUGUUUUUAAAAACUUGUUGGGAUUCAAAGAUGGCGACCAGACAGACACCCGUUCGCGAAGACAAGCGGUUAAAGAUAGUGGGCGUGGCUCACCCCCCGACUUCAGCCAACCAGAGGAGCCGCUGUCAGCUCGGGGCGAGCUGCUAUAUGAGAGAGGGAGACUUCGACAGAUGGCGAAUCAAAUCCCCGUGCGGCCGCUGUUGAGCAGAGGCGUAAAUUUCAUAUUGCUGGCCUUUAGUCAGAGCCACACUGGAUGCGUUGUGUUGACGAGUUCUAACACAAAACCAUCGUGGCACUUGCGCAAAGAUGCCAGCUGUUUAUGUUACACUCGAUUAAAAAGUGAAAGUAGGUUCCAUCGACUGUAGCGUUGCAGUCUUGCACAGGGCAUGGUGUAAUGUGACUUUUUUUUUUUUUUUUUUUUUUUUUUGAAGUUAAAAUGUGUUUCUCCCACCAGAAACCUGACAGAUACGAUGUUAAUCUUUUCUCUCCAGUGCAUGCACGAUCUUGUUGACUUUUCCCUGUUUGUUAUGACAACUGUGUGACGUUUCCAGGAGUUGUGUGUAUUGUUCCGUGUUUAAGGAGUUCGGUUGUGACUAUAAAAAGUUCUUCGACUACAGUGUUACGGUAAGCAGCUAUGGCCGUGGGCCCGGUGGACCCCAGAGAGGUGCUAAAAGGAGUUGAAGCUCUGCUGGGGAAGGAUGGAGAGCUACGAAGCCUUGAGGGAGUUGCUAAAGUCUUCAGUCUCAUGAAGGCCUCACAUAAAAUGGUCAGCAGAUGCAUGUAUCUAAACAUCUUACUGCAGACAAAAUCACACGAUGUACUUAAUCGAUUUAUUCGAGUUGGAGGCUACAAGUUGUUGAACUCUUGGCUCACCUACUCAAAGACCACCACUAACACCCCUCUGCUGCAGCUCAUACUGCUCACCCUUCAGAAACUCCCCCUGACUGUGGACCACCUCAAACAGAACAACACAGCCAAGCUGGUGAAACAUCUGAGUAAGAGCGGCGAGACUGAAGAGCUGAGAAAGCUGGCGUCAGUGCUGGUGGACGGCUGGAUGGCUAUUAUCCGCUCUCAGAGUGUCUCCAGUGGAGCCUCACCCAAUGACAAGAAACGAAAAAAAGAAGAUGGAAAAGUGCGCCCAGAGGUGAAACCCAGAGAAAAAGGAGCAGAAGAGGAGAAGAAGAAAGACAAACCAAAAGCUUAUGCUCCAAGUCACGCAAAGAUCCGCUCCACAGGUUUGGAGGUGGAGAGUCCAGCUCCAGUUCUUGUAAAAAGGCCCCCUAUUGCACCCCAACUCGGAGAUAAAUACAACAUCAAGCCAGCUGUUCUCAAAAGGCCAAGCACAUCGCCGACCGAUGCACCACCAGUGGAGAAGAAGUACAAGCCCCUUAACACCACCCCCAACUCUGCCAAAGAGAUCAAAGUCAAACUUAUACCCCCACAGCCGAUGGAAGGCACUGGAUUUCUGGAUGCCCUCAACUCGGCUCCAGUGCCUGGCAUUAAGAUCAAGAAAAAGAAACCAAAAGCAGCUUCCCCUACCACUAACAAGCCCUGUCCGUUUGACAGCAGGCCUCAGUCAUACUCGGGCGCGCAGGCCAAACCGUCUUCCCCCGAGGCGCCCUCAUCUCAGACACCUCCUCAUGAGAAUCAAGAACUGGAGCAGCCCGGCACACCCGUGCCCACCGAGGACCCUGAUGCAAUGGAAACCGGUGACAAACCCAAUGCUCUGUCUGAACCUCGCGGUGAGGAGGAGAGUCUGACUAAGAAAGGAAAGAAAAAGAAGAGCGUUCGGUGGGCGGAAGAGGACCAUCUCAAAGAGUACUUCUACUUUGACCUGGAUGAGACUGAAAGAGUGAACGUUAAUAAAAUUAAGGACUUCGGUGAGGCAGCCAAACGAGAGCUGAUGAUGGACAGGCAGACGUUUGAAAUGGCUCGUCGUCUUUCUCACGACACCAUGGAGGAGAGGGUGCCCUGGACUCCUCCGCGACCUCUGACCCUCGUAGGCAGCCUGGUCAUUCCUGGUUCCAGCAGCAGAGAGAAGAUGAUCCAGAGAGACCGAGAGAUGGGCAUUCUGCAGGAGAUCUUCCUCAGCAAAGAGAGUGUUCCAGACACUCCUCAUGAGCCAGACCCUGAGCCGUAUGAGCCCAUGCCUCCUCGUCUCAUCCCACUGGAUGAGGACUGCAGUACAGAGGAGAAUUACAUCGAGCCCACUGACGCUGCUGCCUCUGGCGGCUCUUCAGGCUCUAAUGAAGGCUCCAAGCUGCCUCCUGUUCUAGCUAACCUCAUGGGAAGUCUGGGCAACAGCGGCCGCAGCCCUCAGGCGCAAGGCAACACCCCACCAGCCAGUAAUAACCCUGCUGUUAAUGUGCAGGAGCUACUCUCAUCUAUUAUGGGUGCUCAGGGAUCUAACCAGUCUCCAGAGGACCUGAUCAAACAGCCUGAUUUCUCUGAUAAGAUCAAGCAGCUUUUGGGCUCCCUGCAACAAAACCAGAACCAGAAUCAAAACCAACCUGCCAAUGCUCCACCAAUGAACACGGGUCUGCUUGGCCAUGGCCCCGGCAUGAACAUGAACAACAUGAACAACAUGCCGAUGCCAAUGAACGGCGGUUUCCCUCCGAACAAGCCCCCUGGACCACAUUUCAACCAUCCCCUUCCCCCCCACGGCCACGGCCCUCCCUUCAAUGCCGGUGGCCCACGCAUGAUGGGCCCUCCGCCCGGGCCACAGGGCCGCGGGGCCGACAACGGCAACUACUGGGGCGACGACUCCAUGAGAGGAGGCCCACACCGAGGAGGACACUUCCACCGGGGGAGAGGGCGAGGAGGAGACCCGGGCUUCAGAGGACGAGGGGGGCGAGGAGGACCGCGUGGGGGACACAACAACAUGGGUGACAUGUCAAAGAGGCCGGUGUGCCGCCACUUCAUGAUGAAGGGAAACUGUCGGUAUGAAAAUAACUGUGCGUUUUACCACCCCGGGGUAAACGGGCCGCCCCUUCCUCCUCAGCACGGACACUAACUCGCCUGCAAGCUGCCGUUCCUCGAAGCCACCACUAGUGGGCAACAGGACUCGAAGCGAGCCUCAUGCACAGAAACUGAAACAGGACGUUUGCGUCUGUGACGGCACAGUCCCGCCUGCUUCGGUCGAACAGUUGCUUCAUCGGAUCUGAACGUUGUCUCGUGUCUUCUCCGUUUUACUCUUCUCUGGAACGCUGUGAGAAGAGCUGAGAUGCUUCGUGAAGAGCCGGACCACUAGACUUUGCGGCCUACGUGUAAAUAGUGAUUCCUGAACGUGUAUAUUUUUAUUGUGAUUCUGUGUACCACUGACCUGACUGCUAAAGAUUGUACUACGUAACUCUUGAGUGUAACCACUAGGACGCGGUGUAAAUAAUAGUCUUCGGCCAGCGGCGUACGGUUCCCUUAAGCUUCUCCUGGUGGCCAGAACCCCAGAUACCGGAUGUGCGGUUGUCUGAAUUAUAAUCGGCACGCCGGGUAUUCCUUGCAUAAUCAGAUCAACACUUUGAAACGUUACUACUACAGCACAGAACUUUUUAUUUUAAGAUUUUCUGGUUGAAUUCAGACCCUCUUGCCGUACUGUUGUGAUGUUUUAUUUUCAGGUUUCUAUUGAAGAGGGAGAAACCGCGCUUCUAUGAAAUGCGUAGAAGCUUUCAAGUUUCCACAUUUAUCCGGCACGAAAAGUGCCUCACGCAUGGUCCUGGAUUAAUUCAGUACACUUUUUUUCAAAACCUAAUCAUUUGCACUGAAAUGCAUUCACGAAUUGGCAUUGUGUUCACUUUUGGCCCCCCAUUUUUGGAUACGCCGUGUACUCGAGGGGUUAAUGCUAUUCAGAACCGCCACCUUUUGCAUUUUCGAAGUCCCGCUGAAUACUUGAAUCGAUACUUUGUGAUGGAGAGUGAUCCUAGCCUGCUAAAGAGAAAUCCGCUGUGGUUCUGUGUAGUGUGACAAUCAGGAGAAUCGGUGUUGAUGCUAUGGCUUGAUUUGCUGUGCGUUCAUGUUCUCGGACUCGUGUGGGUCUUUUCUGCUCUAUCAGUGUUCAACUGAGCCGAACCCGGCUACAAACCACUAUCACCAGGGCCAAACGUAUUCAGGUGUUUUCUGUGAAAACCGUGGCCAUUGUCUCUUGUGGGACUCGAUUUGUUUUUUCCUUUCUUUUUUUUUUUUCUUUUGAUUCACUAUUUUCCCAUGAUUUUAUUUUGAUACAAGUCUGAUAAAAUUUUUUUUUCUAUCGUUGUUGGAGAGAUGUCUAUGUGUCAGAGUUCUGCAUAAACACAAUAAAAGGCACAUUCAGAAAUGUAAAGUGUUUUUCUACAUGUAAAUUAAUAAACGUUACAAAAUUCA